GUAAAGCUACGGAUCUGAGUGCAGCCCAGGCUCCUUGUUUGGGAUGUAGGAGGGUGUGGUGAACAAGGAUGGGAGCUACAUAAGAACAUCACAAACCAGUGAACAGCACACCAUCACCAAGUGGCUAAAUCCCCCCCGCCCCGGCCAGCACUGUCAGGUGAUUGUCUCCUGUUGGAGUAAGGAAGGACAUCAGAGUUGAAAAUGUGUGACGACGAAGAAAGCACCGCCCUCGUGUGUGACAAUGGAUCAGGUCUGUGUAAGGCAGGCUUCGCCGGGGAUGAUGCUCCCAGAGCGGUGUUCCCCUCUAUAGUGGGACGACCCAGACACCAGGGAGUGAUGGUGGGAAUGGGGCAGAAAGACAGUUACGUCGGUGAUGAGGCGCAAAGCAAAAGGGGAAUCCUGACCCUCAAGUAUCCCAUAGAGCAUGGCAUCAUCACAAACUGGGACGACAUGGAAAAGAUCUGGCAUCAUUCAUUCUACAACGAGCUUCGUGUGGCUCCAGAGGAGCAUCCGACAUUGCUGACAGAGGCUCCUCUUAACCCAAAAGCCAACAGGGAGAAGAUGACCCAGAUCAUGUUUGAGACCUUCAAUGUUCCAGCCAUGUAUGUAGCUAUUCAAGCGGUGCUGUCCCUCUACGCUUCUGGUCGCACAACAGGCAUUGUUCUCGACUCUGGUGAUGGUGUCACCCACAACGUGCCCAUUUACGAGGGCUACGCUCUUCCCCACGCCAUCAUGCGUUUGGAUUUGGCCGGCCGUGAUCUCACCGACUACCUCAUGAAGAUCCUAACUGAACGAGGCUACUCAUUCGUCACCACUGCUGAAAGAGAAAUUGUCCGCGAUAUCAAGGAGAAGUUGUGCUACGUCGCGCUGGACUUUGAGAACGAGAUGGCCACCGCCGCCUCUUCCUCUUCCCUGGAGAAGAGCUACGAACUUCCUGACGGACAGGUGAUCACCAUUGGCAAUGAGAGGUUUCGUUGCCCUGAAACGCUCUUCCAGCCAUCCUUUAUCGGAAUGGAGUCUGCCGGCAUCCAUGAGACCACCUAUAACAGCAUCAUGAAAUGCGACAUUGACAUCCGUAAGGACCUUUAUGCCAACAACGUGCUGUCUGGUGGUACCACCAUGUACCCGGGUAUUGCUGACAGAAUGCAGAAGGAGAUCACUGCUUUGGCACCCAGUACCAUGAAGAUCAAGAUCAUUGCCCCACCCGAGCGCAAGUACUCCGUAUGGAUCGGCGGUUCCAUCCUGGCGUCUCUUUCCACCUUCCAGCAGAUGUGGAUAAGCAAGCAAGAGUACGACGAGGCCGGGCCAUCCAUUGUGCAUCGCAAGUGCUUUUAAGCGGCACCUCUGACCCCUUCUGGUUCCCUAAUUCUGCUAUUGCUUCAUAGCCUGUAAACUGUGAACGUACCUUUUACUUCCCCCUAUUGUAUUGUCUUUGCACUGCCCACAUCUGUUUGAAUGUUCAGAUUUUAUGGUGUCCUCAUGAUAUAGUGUUAUUUCCGAUGGGAGAAAGCUUAAUGCUGUCAUAAUGAAAGAUUGGGGUGAUGUAGCAAGACUCCAGAGAUGAGUGGAUCUUGAAGAUGUUUUACAAUGGAGGAACAAAGCUUAUUUAACCUCAAGUGUUAAAAAAAUCUUGAGGUAACACUGCUGUGGGCUUUCAGGCAGUCUGUAUGGAUUUCGUAUCAUAUGAUAAUGCCAUGAAGGAAUAAAGCUCUGCAAUAAUAAA